UCAAAGCACGAAAUUUUCGCGCCUUGUUUACUUCGUACUUUUAAAUAUUUCUGAAGCCCUAUGUAGUUGGUGUCAUGAGUAUUUGUAUUACUUGCAUUAACUCAUGUUUGACUCCCAAUCGCUAUCGGUAAAAAGUAAAUUAUAAGGGCAGUAUAUGCAGCAUUCACUCCCCCUUGUAAAAUAGUGUAUAAUAAAUGUCACAUGAAUACAAUCAAACUAUUUGUUAAUCGUAGAAUAGUACUUUAUUGCAAUCGCUCAGUGGCAACAGUAUUCAUUCAGCACUUUGAGUCUUUUAUUAGAACAAAUCCUGCUAAUGUGCCAGUGAACACCAGAAGUAUGUCACAGAGAAGCAUCACAUCAUUCUUUAACAUAACACCUAAGGCUAAAGAAAAAAAGGAAAUCAAAGAUGAAGUCACACCAUCACCAGAUACUUCUACAAGCAAUGAGAGCACACCUGUUAAUGGUAAUGCUAAGAGAGUUAAAAGAUCAAGAUCUAGUAGUAGUGAAACUGAGGUGAAGCGUGAGGAACCGUCGCCGCCUACUCCUGAAAAGAAAAAGAAAGUCAAGCGGCAACGUAUUGAAAGCUCAGACAGUGAAGCCGAGCAACCGUCUUGUUCUGAAGAUAAACCAACUGAAAUAAAAUUAGAAAAGAGUGAACAGCCUAAAACAUAUGACUCACCUAAAAACAAAAAGUCCAAAGCUAAGCCUGAUAGAAAAAUAAAAGUUGACAAGAGCGACGUGGAAAAGAAAGUUAAAGUAGAAAAGAAAUCUCCUUCUCCAAAGAUAAGCCCUAAAAACGAUGUUAAGAAAAGUCCUGCUAGUUACUUUACAGUCAAAGCGGGCAAAACAGACGAAAAUAGCAAGAGUAAUGGUGCUAAGACAGACAAUAUUGAAGAUGGUGAGAAAGAUAAUGUUAAAAAAGUUGCGGAAGUUGACUACAACCCAGCUAAAGCUAAAUACCACCCAAUACAUGACGCGUGCUGGUCCAAAGGCCAGGAGAUCCCGUAUCUAGCACUGUCCAAGACUCUGGAAGCCAUCGAGGCGACAUCGGCCCGUCUGAAGAUGAUAGAAAUUUUGAGUAACUACUUCAGAUCAGUGAUUGUUCUAACGCCGGAGGAUUUGUUGCCCAGCAUAUAUUUGUGUUUGAAUCAACUCGCUCCAGCAUAUCAUAGCUUGGAGUUAGGAAUCGCGGAGACGUACUUGAUGAAGGCGGUGGGGCAGUGCACGGGGCGCUCGCUGGCGCAGAUGCGCGCAGCGGCGCAGCGCUGCGGUGACCUGGGCGCGGCGGCGCAGCAGGCACGCGCGGCGCAGCGCACCAUGUUCGCGCCGCCGCCGCUCACUGUGCGCCGCGUGCUGGCCGCGCUGCGCGACGUGGCCGCCAUGACGGGCCAAGCAUCGGUGAACAAGAAAAUUAGCAAAAUCCAGUCCCUCUUCGUGGCGUGCACGCACUCUCAAGCGCGGUACUUGAUAAGGAGCCUGGAAGGCAAGCUGCGCGUCGGGCUGGCCGAGCAGUCGCUGCUGCAGGCGCUGGCGCUGGCGAGCGCCGCCACGCCGCCGGCGGGCGAGCGCGCGGGCGAGCUGGACGUUGCCGCCGACAUCAGUGCCGACGAGUUCAAGGCGCGAGUGGACGAGUUCGCACUACUCAUCAAGACCACCUACUGCGAGUGCCCCAACUACGACUUGAUCGUGCCCGUGCUGUUGCGGCUGGGCGUGCGGGCGCUGCCGGAGCACUGCCACCUCACGCCCGGCAUCCCGCUCAAGCCCAUGCUGGCGCACCCCACGAAGGGCGUGCACGAGGUGUUCAACCGAUUCGAAAACGAGGAGUUCACUUGCGAGUGGAAGUACGACGGAGAGCGCGCGCAGAUACACGUGCCCGGGGACGACGCGCCGCGGCUGGGCGAGGCGGCCAUAUUCAGCCGCAACCAGGAGAACAACACCAGCAAGUACCCGGACGUGCUGAAACGGCUGCCGGCGCUGCUCAAAGACUCGGUGAAGAGUUGCGUGCUGGACUGCGAGGCCGUGGCCUACGACCCGGCGACCGAGCAGAUCCUGCCCUUCCAGGUGCUGGCGACGCGCAAGCGCAAGGACGCGGCGGAGCGGGACAUCGCGGUGCAGGUGUGCGUGUUCGUGUUCGACCUGCUGUUCCUCAACGGCCGCGCGCUCGUGCGCCGGCCGCUGGUCGAGCGCCGCGCGCUGCUGCGGGAACACUUCCGGGAAGUUGCGGGCGCGUGGCGGCUGGCGGAGGCGCGCGACUGCGGCUCGGAGGAGGAGGUGCAGCAGUUCCUGGAGGAGUCGGUGCGCGGCUCGUGCGAGGGGCUCAUGGUCAAGGCGCUGCGCGGCGAGCACUCGCGCUACGACAUCGCGCGCCGCUCGCACAACUGGCUCAAGCUCAAGAAGGACUACCUGGCCGGCGUGGGCGACACCAUCGACGCGGUGAUCAUCGGCGCGUACCACGGCCGCGGCAAGCGCGCCGGCGUGUUCGGCGGCUUCCUGCUGGCGUGCUACGACCCCGACACCGAGCAGUUCCAGAGCCUGUGCAAGGUCGGCACCGGCUUCUCCGCCGAGGACCUGCGCCUCCUCAGCGACCGCCUGCGGGAGCACGUGCUCGACGCGCCCAGGAACUACUACAUGUGCUGUGCGGCGCUGGCGCCCGACGUGUGGCUGCGCGCGGCGCUGGUGUGCGAGCUGCGCUGCGCCGACCUGUCGCUGUCGCCCGCGCACCGCGCCGCGCUCGGCCUGCUGCACCCCGACAAGGGCGUGUCGCUGCGCUUCCCCAGGUUCGUGCGCGUGCGCGACGACAAGGCGCCCGAGCAGGCCACGUCGGCGCAGCAGGUGGCGCGCCUGUACGCGGCGCAGGACCAGGUCAAGAACAGCGGCGCCGCGGCCAAGCCUCGCGACGCGGACGACUUCUACUAGCCGCGGGCACUUCUCAUAUCUUCCUGUAGAACGACGACCUCUGACGAAACUGCGGUCCGAUGAUAGUGCGCAAGUUUAUGGAAUUAUGUUAGUUGAAUGUGGUUGGACAUUCGAGGCAGAGUCACUUAACAGAUAUUCUCGGAUAUAAGUUGCUAUUUUUAUCAAAGGUGUUGUAAAUUGUAAUUACGAGAGAACAGUGUAUAGUUGAACAGCUGCGGAUACUGCAACUUCUGUGACACAACACCAACUCAGCAGAUGUUACAAAAGCUGCGGCCGUUGCCAGUGCUGUGCCGGUCACACCGGCGGUCGUAAAGGUGGAAGGUGUACAAAUAAACAUGUUUUCAAGAU